GGUGGCAGAGCAAGACUUCAAACAAAACCUAAAAGAUAAACUACAUUAUGAGGCAGGAUAUGGGGAGAAGGUUGAGUCUUGGGCUCAUCCUCUUAGCCCAUCACUUCCUCAUUGUGUGAUAUAGGCAAGAAACCUGCCUUCAUGAGCCUAAGUUUCUUGCCCAUAAAAUGGAACUAUUAAUAUAAAGUUCUUGGGGUGUGGUGAUGGUGAAAUGAAUGACAAAUGUCUGGCAAGGUGGUAUAGGGUUAACACAGGACAACUAACCGAGUAAUUCUUCCACCCCCAAAAGACAGUCCAAUUUUCCCGUUUGCCUCUUGGUCCAGGUUUAUUCCCAGGUCUUGCAACAUAUUUGGUUCAGACUGAGGAAACUGUGGACCCUUACUUACCUUGCAUAGCUUCAAAAAGUUCACGGCCCAGGAAAGGACCACUGCUUUGGGAGGCCGUUAAUGUCUUUCACCCCCUGAUGUUUGCCCCAAGCCUCCAAAGUAGAUAGCCACCCUCUCCCAUCUUGCUUGCCUUCUACACUUAGACUAUUUCUCCCUGGUUCUUUGACUCCUUUGGAGAGACCAGCUCAAAAGAUCCAAACCCCUUUUCUCAGCCCAAACCAGGCACCGAGCCUGUUUUUUAUUCCAGAAGUGCUCUACUGAGAUGACUGACUCUGCCUUUAGCCCUGUGAUGUGCGGAGCUUCUGCUUUGCAUGAAAUUAAUCUGCUUUAAGCCUAUGUCUCAUCAAGGGGCUUCCCUGUCUUAAGUUUGGGGGCAUGGAUCUCACCUGUGUGGCAGGUGUGCUGAGGUGGUAGGUGUGUGGAAAGUGGUGAGUUUUAGCAGCUUAGUGCUCCUAUACAGGGAUCAUUUUAGGGGACAUUCUAUUUGCAGAAAUCUUCAGAGGAGGAUCUGAGUAAAGCCUUUUUAAGAGAGGACAGCUGCUGUGGGCUUCAGUGCCAGCAGCCCAUCCAGAGUCUCCAGCCCUGGGUGUUGAGCCUUUCCUUGCUACUCCGGCACAACCACUUGCUCCAUUUAACUUUUCUUUCUCCAGAUGUUCCUGUCCCCACAAGCGCUUUUAUCUACAGACUGCAGAGUCUGGUGAAAGGAAUGCCCUUGCUCUUUUAGUUUGCCAACAGUCCUCAAAAUGCAGGCCUAGAGUAGGCCCAAAAGUCUAUGCCAGUUCCAGCCAGCAAAAAAGCAAAUACACUUUGACCCAUUGUUGAAAUUUUACCUGGAAAAGUUUUUCCAUUUUAGGGUCUUUCAUCUUUUAUUAGAUACCUUCUGCUUAGGGACAGCAAAAAAAGUUUCCAAUUACUGCCAACUCCUACUGAUUGACCUGGAAUGUGUUUCAAGAAGCUGCUCAUGUAUCUACACCCUCUUUCUCCCAUUUCAUCCUAGGCAUUUGCCUCAGAAGCAUACAAUCGCUGAAAAGUUGUAUCCAGAGUUACCAAGCUCUCAGCUAUCAAAUCUGCUUGUCUCAUUUUCUUCUUGUAAAUUAAUCGUUUGAACCCCCAAAGUGAAAGAACAGGAGACUAAAGCCCAAAGAGGGGAAGGGCUGGCCUAUGGGCAGUUGCACUCUAGACCCCAGGCUACUGCUUCCCAGCCAAGCAUUCUAUCUUACGGCUGAAACUGUUAAAGCCUACUUAGGCCUUCCUAUGGGAGGAAGGUGCAUAUAGUUAUGUAGUUAUGUGUAUAUUCGCUGAGCAAAAUGAUUGUAGAGUCCAUGAAUUUUUUUUCUUUAAUUUCAAGAAGAGGCCUUCACAGUCUCUCAAGUAUGGGAUGGCUGUGGACGAAUGCUGUCAAUUCAGCUAAGUGCUGCCUGGAUGUUGCUGUUUGAUUUUUGCUCCAUACUUAACUAAAACAACUACAGAGUUAAUGUAGAUAUAUGUUGAAAUACUUUCCCCUUCCCCAACAGCAGUUCCUUCCACAGACAGUAACUAAUGGUUUCUUCUUUUGGGGAGAGGGCGGCAUAGAACAUAGAGGCUUGAACCAAAGGCCUCUGCAGUGUUGCCACACUCAUGAGGAUGAAUAGUCUUUUCCCCCUACACAGAGGGCCAAGGGCUUUAAGCUUUUUCCUUGACCAUGUUAUCGGCUUUACAAAUUAACACAACAGGCUAGUUUGAUUCUGUUUGAAGUACAGGAAGGCAGAAAUGGAGAAUUAGAAGAAUUACUCAUCUUUUGGAUGAGUGGUUUCCAAAUCCCACUUGGCACGUCACUCUAGACUGGUGAAGGGGAGGCUGGCACUGAGUCCACAGACCCAACUGGCUCUAGGACAUUACGUUGUUCAGUCUUUUGCUUAUCUAAUCAACAUUUGUGUUCUUACCCAAUGUUCAUUAGGUCAGCACAUAGCCACUUCCCCACCCCACAAAAGUUCCCAGUUAGGCCCCUAGCUGGGAUCAUCCAGUAUCCAAGCUCAGGGAUGAAGGGAGGGAGCAGCUAACUAGUUUGAACUGGUUAGUUGGUAUAUAGGUCUUUUCUCAAUGUUCCUAAGGUGCAAACAGUGACAUCCCCCUCCAGGCUUGGCUCUGUGAUUCUGAGAGGACUAAAACCAGGAUAGUCAGAUCUGUGGUCACAUCCUGCCCAUUUCCAGCUCGGAGGUCCAUCAAACCGUCUGCUUCUCCCUUGGCAAGAAGCUCCAUCUGCCUGAUAGCAGGGUCAGUGGCCAUCCUUUUCUACCUUCAGCUAUUGUGCAUCUCCUCUUUUUCUUGGGGUAAAGGAACAAGCAGAUUCUUACCCAAAUGUCCAACGUAUAAAGAUGAGAAAGGCCUUGGGAAGAGGUAUUAGCCAAGUUUUCAGUGCGAUGCCUGGCAGAUAGAAUUUGUUGAAUUUGUCUUAAGCUUAUUAUCCUCCCAGGUCAUAGAAAGAUCUAAAGUCCAAUCAAUCUCCUUACUCAGAAUUCACAUCUUUCCCCUCGAACUUAAAAUGUCCAUGCCAUUUCACAAGUACCCAUAACUACUCAUGGUUUAGAUACCUCUCCUCCCUUUGUCUCAGUAGAGCACUCCCUUCGUCUAGAAAUUGGCAGCAGUUCCUACUUAAACUGAUGAAUGCUUUGGGCUUCGAAGGUAUCUCAUCCCUAUGCCUGCUGCCCUGAAGCAGCUGGAAGGAAAGGCCUCACUCAACUACUGGAAAGCAAGCCCAUAAUUCAAGGCUUUUAAUAUAGUCACUACACAAGUGCUCCCUCUGAUUUAGGGGAUCUUGUUACUUCCUCAUCUACAUGUGCUUAAAGACAAAAGGAAACCUAUAAUUAUUCAAUUCACCUGUGGUCCACAUAAGUCUCACAUCCAGCCAUUACCCUGAGAGGGCAGGAAGCCAGACUUUGAACUUUCCACAGCUAGGUCUUCAUUCUACUAGUGAGAUGAACUGGUGCAGAUUAGGGUGAUAGUUCAUCUAAGCAAGCGGAGGAGCUGGGGAACUGUAGACCUUCCUGAAGCAUCCUCCCAUAGAAAGGAGAUAAGGGCCUUAUCCUAAUUGCCUAUACACAACAGAUCAGUACUUCUUUCCUAGACAAGGCUGAAGGGGGUCAACAUUGUUUCUGAAGACUUCAUUAUUGGAAUUCUAUUUUUACUGGGAGUGAUCUCACUGAGCUAUUUUGGAAUAGAAAUGUGGCUAGUUGCCUGAUCUCCCUCAAUGGUUUCACGUGGCUUUCAAAGGGAAGGAGGGGCAGUGCUGACUUUGGUAAAAUGGGCAAAAGGGUCCAUGCCAGCAACACAAUCACUCAAAGUCCAGAUGAGGGAUCAGUAAAUACACUGUGCCUGAAAGGUGGCCCUUGAGCACAUUCCUCUGGUAGACAUUAACUUAUUAAAUUGAUUCUGAUUACAAAUAUAAACUUUGCCCCCAUCUCACCUGGUAACAAUGCAAGAGUCAAUGUGAGUCUAUAAAAGGAAGUAGGAACUGUCCCUGGCUUUCAGGCUCCAACAUCCUGCCUCUGUCAAGAUGUGGCACCUCAAACUUUGUGCAGUGCUCAUGAUCUUCUUGUUGCUGUUGGGCCAGAUAAAUGGCUCCCCAAUAGCAGAAGUGAGUUCAGCAAAGAGAAGACCACAGAGAAUGACCCCAUUUUGGAGAGGGGUUUCCCUCAGGCCCAUUGGAGCCUCCUGCCGGGAUGAUUCUGAGUGUAUCACAAGGCUAUGCAGAAAAAGACGUUGUUCCUUAAGUGUGGCCCAGGAAUGAAGUACAUACCAGGGGAAGAAAGGAUAGCAGUCAUCUCUGACAAUGCUCCGUUCUAUGGAAUAUUGAUUAACUGCAUUUUGGCUGGAGACAUACAAGUGAAGCAAUCUUGUAUUUUUAAUAUUUAAAGGCAGAUGUAUGCUUUAAAUUGGUCUCCAUUUCUUCUUAGAAUAUUGAUAUAUGGAUAAGCAUAACUAAACUUGUCACUUUAGAGUUUAUUUUUCUAUGGAUACUAUUAAAUGUCUCAAAUUGAAAUUUUAGCAGUCUGUAAUUCAAGCUUUUGGGGGAAAGAAGGAUUCACUUUGUAUACUACAGAAAAAAAGAGCACUGCCCAAUAAUGUGUUAACUUCUCGAUCUGGAAAGUGUGGUAAGAGUUAACAUUUUUUCAAGAAUCUUAUAAAGAACACAAUGGUAGGUUAAAGGCAAAAGUUUAGCAACAGCUAUGUAAUCAGCUUUGACAAGUUCCUAAGUUGUAGCCCUGGAUCCCUUCACUCCAUGAUAACUCUUCAGGGAGGUGUCGAAGACAGUUAAGCUUGAGAGGCUGCGGCAGGAGAAUCACUUGAACCUGGGAGGUGGAGGUUGCAGUGAGCCGAGAUCACGCCACUGCACUUCAGCCUGGGUGACAGAGCGAGACUCUGUCUCAAAAAAAAAAAAAAAAAGAUGGUCAAGCUUGGUACUUGCCAUCUAAGACAAACACCCAAGUUUGUCUAUGACUGUCUGAAUGUAAGGGAGAAAAAGAAAAAUCUAGUUUAAUAAAGCAGUAAAAGCUCAAGCCACCAAAAGCACCAAAAGGGAUUUAAGGUUUCUGCUGGGACAAGGUAAAUUUUGACAUAAGCACAACGACCCAUGGCCAGCCAGUUCAGAAUUUCUGUAAUCAGAAAAUGAGACCUCAGCUGGCAGGAAUAGACUUUGUAGUAAUAGACCUGAAGACACAAAACAGGAAUUGCAUGAAAAGGGCUAAGAGUUGAAGAAGUAUAAAGAGCACAGUGUUCACUAACUUUAAUACAGAAAAUCUAUUUGAUAUUUAUUAAACUUAGUUUCUCCAGCUAUGGUUUGGCAUUGUACAAAGCAUCUUAAUGACACAGUAGAGUUAAAAAGAUCUUUACAAAUUGAAAUGUGAUACCCUUGUCUCCAAAUAUUUUAAUUGCCAUAAAUUUGUUUAAAAAUACACAUUAAACGCAUGUUUGACACUCUAAACUUUCUAUACUCUCAAUACCACAAAAUACAUAUAAUAUACUAUACAGAUGUGGAAAAAUCUAGUUAGUAUAUAAUACUUUGCUCACCAUUAACAGCUUUAUCAUGUGAAAUGCACAUACUGACUUAGAAAUCCUAGCUUUUGAGCCCCAAAGUACCUCUGAAAUUUUAAUGUAUUGCAACAAAUAAAAAUCACAGUAUAUAAUUGAAA